AUGGUCUAUUACUCUGAUUUACGCAGCGAAAUGCAUAAUCCACAUUCUCAAAACAUUGCUCGUGACGGCAUGGCGAAUCCAGCCCAACGAGUGCAUUGGGCUGAUAACAAUGGCAGCCACUUGAUCGGACAACCAUGCGAGCAAGCAGGGUUUCGAAAAGGAUUCAGCACGAUCGACCAUAUUCACACUGUUUCGAGACUCAUCGAGGUAUCACGAGAGUACAAGAUGCCGCUCUGUCUCACUUUCAUCGACUUGAAGAAGGCCUUUGACUCAGUUGAGACGGAAGCGGUCGUGGAAGCCUUGGACAACCAAGGCGUUCCCACUCAGUACAUAAAGGUGCUUCGAGAGUUGUACAAGGGGGUUCGACAGGGUGAUACAAUCUCACCCAAAAUAUUCACAGCCACCCUCGAGAACGCAAUGCGAAAGUUGGAAUGGGACGACAUGGGAGUGAAGAUCGAUGGUCGGCAGCUACACCAUUUGCGCUUUGCUGAUGACAUCGUACUGAUAACACCUAGCAUCAGCCAAGCGGAACGAAUGCUGACCGAAUUCGCCGAAACAUGUGGAUGCAUCGGUCUUGAGCUGAAUCUUCAAAAGACGAUGUUCAUGCGGAACGGAUGGAUCUCGGAUGCCCCAUUCACGCUCAACGGAACGAACAUAUCCGAAUGCACCAGCUACGUCUAUCUGGGUCGGGAAUUGAACAUGAUGAACGACCUGGCCCCCGAGCUGGGCAGGAGGAGAAGAGCGCUAGGAGCGUACAAGAGCAUCGAGGACGUAGUGAAAAAGACCAAGAACACCCGGCUCCGUGCUCACCUCUCAACACCACCGUACUUCCUGCUUUGA